GGCAAGCGCGGCUUCGCGUCGGCUUCAGCCCGGCAGGGAGCGCCGGGUGCGGCCGCCAUCUUGGCUGAGGGCACGGCCUCGGCGGGGCAGAGGGAGAAGAGAAUUCCACAAAAAUUCCACGGAGGAGCGGCCGGAGACCCGCGCGGCCAUGGGGAGGAUCGGGCUGCAGCUCCGCGCCACGCUGGAGAACAUCACCCGGCUGCGGGCCGAGGGCGAGGACUUCCGAUGGUACCUCAAGCUGAAAUGUGCGAACUGCGGCGAAGUCUCUGAGAAGUGGCAGUACCUGCGGCUGAUGGACAGUGCUCCCCUGAAGGGCGGCCGAGGCAGCGCCACGAUGGUGCAGAAGUGCAAGCUGUGCUCCAGGGAGAACUCCAUCGAUAUUUUAAGUCAGACAAUCAAGCCUUACAAUGCUGAAGACAGUGAGAAAUUCAAGACAAUAGUGGAGUUUGAAUGCCGAGGUCUGGAACCGGUUGACUUUCAACCACAGGCAGGGUUUGCUGCUGAAGGUGCAGAAUCUGGCACACCUUUCAAUGACAUAAACCUGUUGGAAAAGGAUUGGAAUGACUAUGAUGAAAAAACAAAGGAAUCUGUUGGGAUCUAUGAAGUUACCCACAAAUUUGUAAAAUGCUGAAGUUCACAGCCCUAAUAAAUCUUGACAUGCUUAUUGAUGGAGGAGCUGUAUCCAUCAGAUACAAAGUUUCCUUGGAGUUCCUUUUUUUAUCUGGCUGCACUUCAGAAGUGGAAACCUAAGUUCAUAGAAUCAUUAAGGUUGGAAAAGACCUCCAAGAUCACCGAGUCUGACCUUUGGCCAACAUCACUAAGCUGUACUUACUGUCCCCAGCAUUCUCUAAUAAAAUAUUUUCCACAGA